GCGGAGUGUGACGCAGUUUCCCCCCUGUGAGGCGACGGCGGGCGUCGUGGCGGUGCCGCUUGGUCUCGGCGCGGUCGAGUCGCUCCCUCAGCGGGGCCCGGGUCCUCGGUUUAUGAAAACCUGAUACAUCUUGAAAAUGUUUAACAAAUCAUUUGGAACUCCGUUUGGAGGCAGCGCUGGUGGCUUUGGGACUACUACAACAUUUGGACAAAAUGCAGGCUUUGGUACUACCAGUGGAGGAGCAUUUGGAACAUCAGCCUUUGGGUCAAACAAUAACACAGGAAGCCUCUUUGGGAACACACAGACUAAACCAGGAGGAUUGUUUGGUUCAAGUACAUUUAGCCAACCAGCCACCUCCUCCACAAGCACUGGCUUUGGGUUUGGAACAUCAACUGGAACUUCCAACAGCUUGUUUGGGACUGCCAGCACUGGUGGAGGUCUCUUUUCAUCCCAGAAUAAUGCCUUUGCUCAGAAUAAACCGGCUGGGUUUGGAAACUUUGGAACAAGUACCAGCAGUGGAGGUCUCUUUGGAACCACUAACACUGCCUCCAACCCUUUUGGGGGUACGUCUGGCUCUCUCUUUGGGCCAACUAGCUUUACUGCUGCUCCAACUGGGACUACCAUUAAAUUUAAUCCACCAACCGGCACAGAUACUAUGGUAAAAUCUGGAGUUAGCACUAACAUCAGCACUAAGCACCAGUGUAUUACUGCUAUGAAGGAGUAUGAAAGCAAAUCCCUAGAGGAACUCCGUUUGGAAGAUUACCAGGCAAACAGGAAAGGGCCCUCAAAUCCAGCGGUAGCAGCUGCGGGGUUAUUUGGCUCCUCCACAGCUACAUCCAGCGCAGCUACUGGACUGUUUGGCUCCUCCGCCACUAAUGCAGGUUUUUCAUACGGACAGAAUAAAACAGCUUUUGGAACCAGUACAACUGGCUUUGGAACAGGAACAGCAGGGAGCCUUUUUGGUCAGCAGCCGCAGCAGACUACCAGUCUGUUCAGCAAACCAUUUGGCCAGGCCACCACAACGCAGAACACUGGCUUUUCUUUUGGGAACACCAGCACUCUUGGACAACCAAAUACAAACACGAUGGGUUUAUUUGGGGCAACCCAAGCCUCGCAGUCUGGAAGCCUUUUUGGAACAGCUGCCAACACAAAUGCUGCCACUGGAUUUGGAACGGGAACUGGAACUGGGCUCUUCGGACAAGCCAACACAGGAUUUGGUGUUGGCGGUUCGACCCUGUUUGGUAAGCCUGCUGGAUUUGGAACCACCACGACCAGUGCUCCUUCGUUUGGUACAACUACUGGCAGCGGGCUCUUUGGUUUUGGUGCGAGCACUGCUGGGAAUAGUAUCUUCGGAAAUAAGCCUGCAGCUGGAACUCUCGGCGCUGGACUUGGAACAGGAUUUGGAACAGCUCUUAGUGCAGGGCAGACUUCACUAUUCGGAAACACCCAGCCUAAAUUAGGUGGAACACUGGGAACAGGAGCAUUUGGAGCACCUGGAUUCAAUACAUCAACAGCCACCCUGGGCUUUGGAGCUCCCCAGCCUGCUGUGGCAUUGACAGACCCAAAUGUUUCAGCUGCCCAACAAGCAGCCCUCCAGCAGCACUUCAACAGCUUGACCUACUCACCCUUUGGAGAUUCUCCUCUCUUCAGAAACCCUAUGUCAGACCCAAAGAAGAAAGAAGAGAGACUGAAACCAACUAAUCCAGCAGCCCAGAAGGCCUUGACUACGCCAACCCAUUACAAACUGACCCCGCGACCAGCAACCAGAGUGCGACCGAAAGCUUUGCAGACAGCAGGAUCUUCCAAAUCUCACCUCUUUGAUGGGCUGGAUGAUGAUGAGCCAUCUCUAUCCAAUGGUGCAUUCAUGCCCAAGAAGAGCAUCAAGAAGCUGGUUUUGAAAAACCUCAACAGCAGCAACUUGUUUUCUCCUAUCAGUCGUGAAGCUGAAGAUCUGGAACCUCCAUCCGAGUAUCCAGAGAAUGGAGAGCGGUUCAACUUUCUAUCCAGAUCGGUUGAUGAGAACCACAGACCGGAGGGUGAGCGAGAGGAAGAGGACGAUCACCAUGAAGUGACUAGAUUUUACACUAACCCCAUUGCCAAGCCCAUCCCACAGACCCCAGAGAAUGCAGUGCACAAACACCAGAAUAAUGUGGACGAUACCAUUGUGGCUCUGAAUAUGCGGGUUGCCUUGCGGAAUGGCCUGGAAGGCAGCAGUGAAGAUGCUUCAUUUCAUGAUGAGUCACUGCAGGAUGACCGAGAAGAGGAGAAUGAGAAUGUAUAUAGUCUGCACCCAGCAGGAAUUGUUCUAACAAAAGCUGGCUACUACACCAUCCCGUCUAUGGAGGAUCUAGCCAAACUUACCACUGACAGAGGAGAGUGUAUUGUGACUGAUUUCACUAUAGGUCGUAAAGGUUAUGGAUCAAUUUACUUUGAAGGAGAGGUAAAUCUAACUAACUUAAAUCUGGAUGAGAUUGUGCACAUCCGCAGGAAAGAAGUUAUUGUCUAUCCUGAUGAUGAUCAGAAGCCACCUAUUGGUGAAGGUUUAAAUAGACGAGCUGAAGUUACAUUGGAUGGAGUUUGGCCAACGGAUAAAACAUCUCGCUGCUUGAUAAAGAGCCCAGAACGACUAGCAGAUAUCAAUUAUGAAGGCAGACUGGAGGCUGUAUCUCGGAAGCAGGGAGCCCAGUUCAAAGAAUACCGUUCAGAGACUGGUUCUUGGGUAUUCAAGGUGGCUCACUUCUCUAAAUAUGGCUUGCAAGAUUCUGAUGAGGAAGAGGAGGAGCAUCCUUCAAAAGUGGACGCAAAGAAGUUAAAAACUGCCCAAGUGCCACCCCAGGGGCAGCUGGUGCCCCAACAAAUGGCUCUAAAUGGCAAGCCAACGCCUCCAUCUCAGAGCCCAGAAGUGGAACAGCUGGGAAGGGUUGUGGAACUGGACAGUGAUAUGGCUGACAUCACCCAGGAACCAGCUCAGGAUUCAGUACUAGAAGAUAGCAUUACAGAAGAGCCGGAACUGGUGCCUGCUUCAACGCACAUUGCAUCUUCACUUGGUAUAAACCCCCACGUCUUACAGAUCAUGAAAGCUUCCUUGCUCGCUGAUGAAGAGGAUGUAGACUUGAUCCUGGAUCAUCACUUUGGCAAACAGCCUACAAAAAUGGAUACUUCUCAAGAGAUCUGCUCUCCCAGGCUUCCAAUUUCAGCAUUGCAAGGACAGAAAAGACACUCCUCAGUUGGAGGGCUGCUGCAAUCAAAAUUUGCAAGUGUGUCUUUCCUCCAAAGUGCUUCUCUGCAAGAUUUUCAUGGACCAAGAACUUCCUCUUUAGGCAAUCCUCCAUCUGCAGCCUCUUGGUCUGGGCUUUCCCCACUACCCUCUGCAUUCUCCAUGCCCAGCGCAGCCCCAGAGGUGCAGCUGAAAACAGUGGGUGCCUGUAGGCAGCAGGGGCUAAUACCUCUGGAAAAAUCUGUCACUUAUGGAAAAGGAAAACUCCUAAUGGAUAUGGCACUCUUCAUGGGACGCUCAUUUCGCGUUGGUUGGGGACCCAAUUGGACUCUUGUAAAUAGUGGAGAUAAACUGAGUGGGUCAAGUGAGCCUGAGGAUCUUCGCAAUGACUCUAUGGAAUAUGGAUUCUUGCCAACUCCUGUUGCUCCUAAAUCACUUUCAGAAUCUCCCUUCAAGGUUCAUAUAGAGAAGCUGACCUUAGAACGAAGGAAGACAGACAGAGACCAGCAGUUAUACCUCAUCCCUCUGGAGAUAAAGCUCAAACACAGUACUGUCCAUGUAGAUGAACGUUGUCCUCUCUUAGCAGCCAACCCAGGAGUGUCCGCCAUCCAUGACUAUGCUGACUGGGUUAGAGACUUUUGUGGCGACUCAGCUGAAAUAGAAUCUGUUGUGAAGUACUGGUGUUUGACAUGGAUGUUGUGUGAGGCAAUCUGGGGCCACCUGAAGGAGUUAGAAGCCAGCUUGGAGGAGCCCAGUGAGUACAUUGUAACCCUGGAGCGUAGGAAAGCCUUCUCCCGCUGGUUAUCGCAGACUGCAGCAGCACGAAUCGAAGAGGAAGUCUCACUGUCCCAGCACGAGAACCACAUAGAGGCUGUGUUUAGCUACCUUACUGGGAAGAGGAUCAGUGAGGCUUGUAGGGUGGCACAGCAAUCAGGAGAUCACAGGCUUGCCCUUCUCCUCUCCCAGUUGGUAGGCAGCCAGCAGGUUCGGGAGCUCCUCACAAUGCAAUUAGUGGACUGGCAUGGAUUGCAGGCAGACUGCUUCAUCCAGGAGGAGAGAUUGCGCAUCUUUGCUCUGCUGGCUGGGAAGCCCGUGUGGCAGUUAUCUGAGAGAAAAAGCAUUAAUGUGUGCUCACAGCUGGACUGGAAGCGUUCUAUUGCUAUCCACCUCUGGUAUCUGCUUCCACCAACGGCUUCUAUUUCGAAGGCACUCAACAUGUAUGAGGCAGCAUUCCAGAGCAAGAGGUUUCUUAUCCAGUUGUCUUCUUCAGAUGCUAUUAUUAAUGAAAACUACAACUACCUAAAAGGAUUCCUAGAAGAUUUGUCCCCUCCAGAGCGAAGUACACUCAUCCAGGACUGGGACACAGCGGGGCUGGUUUAUUUGGACUACAUCCGGGUCAUCGAGAUGCUCGACAGGAUUCAGCAGCUGGAUUGUUCUGCAUAUGAGUUGGAGAGGUUACAUACCAAAGUGACGUCGCUAUGCAACAGGAUAGAACAGAUACAGUGCCACAAUGCCAAGGACCGAUUGGCUCAGUCUGAUAUGGCCAAACGUGUUGCUAACCUGCUGCGGGUGGUCCUGAGCCUACAGCAUUCUCCUGAACCUGCCUCUGACUCCACGCCCGACGUGCAGCGAGUCCCACUUCGCCUGCUUGCUCCCCACAUUGGCCGGCUUCCCAUGCCAGAGGACUAUGCCUUGGAGGAGCUGCGCAGUCUCACACAGUCGUAUCUACGAGAACUGACUGUGGUGACUCAGUGAGGCCUGCUUGCUUCUACAGACGGACUCUUUUUUAUCAUUUGUUGACCUUUACCCUUGUUUUUGGGGUAAACCUCCCCAUGGCAGCAGUCUCUGUAGCCACAUAGAGCUUUUCCGUAGAGGCGCAAAGUGGCUCCAUGUGUGGGCUAAUGCAGGAAUUUUUGUAACCUGGGGGAGCAGAGUAAGACUUGGACCUCUUUGGUGAGCAUCCUCAACUACAUGACAGCUUUUCUAGAGCUAAUAAAGCACUUCUUGCGGAACCCAUCUGCAAGCCAGAGUGUACCUGUGGAGGAAAAGUGAUAAUUUGUACGUUUGGUCUCUUGGCAGAUAUUUCCUAAUCUCAUUAGCUGCAGCACAGAGGACAGUGAAGCACACUUCAGGACAAUGAUUUGGAGUGGACAGACUCAAUCUAGUGGUGCUGUACCAGUUAAGCAGAUGAACUGUUGGUGUCUGAACCAACUGGAUGGCUUUUUAAACUGAGCUUUGUUUAAUGGGUUUGUUCUGUGGGUGGGGGAGAGUAGAGGAUUGUAACUUCUCUAAAGCCUGGGUAUAGAGAGUGGGGUUCUCCCUCUGUUUUAUUAGGGAGGAUGGAAACCUGCAAAUGUGUAAACCCCCUUGUUUUAAAAGGCAAGAAAGGAAGCUUCUCUGAGUCAGGCCAGAGGGAGCUGACACAGGAGUGCAUGUGCCUUAUGGUCUGUUCUGGCCUCUGAAGGAAACAGGCCCAAUGUGAGUUUAUCCGUGUGUAGUUUAUUGCAAGCCUUCAAUAAAACAAAGGAACUUUUGUCUUGAAAUGCUGGGUUUCAUGAAUCCAGGCCAGGUGCUUCUAACUGAAAGCAAACUCUGUGCUAGAAUUAGAACUCUAUCAAGGAGGUUGGCUCGCCUGAAAAGCAAAUAGCCUGGUUAUCGAAGGCUUUGGCAUUUUAAAUUGGCUCAAGUUUUUUUUUUUUAAAGCCGCUGCAUGUGAGGUGGCUCCCUGUGUAGAUUCAGGUACACAGCAUUUACUGCACACUCUCACACAUUGCAUCAGGCCUGUUUUGCUCUAAAGGAAGCAGCUGCUCAAAUCAGUCCAUGUAACAAAUUGUUUUUAGCCCAGAACAUGCUGUUUUGUUUGUGUUUGCUGUGUAGCUGGAUUACAUCAUUGAACAGAAAUGUCAUCAAGCAUAAGAACAUCCUGCAAGUGAACAGCUGGUAACAUCCAAUUUACUAUAGUUUGUACAGUCUUCACUUUUACUGUGUUUAGAAACUGAUUAUUUUUGGAAAAAUAAAGCUUGUCUAUUGGUCUACUCUGUAAUACUGCUGUCUGCCCACAGCCAGCCAAUCAUUGAUAACGCUGGCAGACAAUGAGGUUUAACCUGUUAGGUGCUUCUACAGAUUGGCUCAUCAAGGGUCUUUAUGCAUGUGGAUUUAUGUAAAGGUUUUUAUUAAAAUUAUAAAUAAAUGAUCUAGAUUAUU